AUGGCGGAUGGAGACAAACAAAACAGUGAAAAUGACAAAGCAGUCAAAGCAACUGAAGAUUCUCACCGAGGUGUCGCUGCUAUUAAACCCCAAUAUUUAACUAGCAAGGAUCAGUUCCAUGCAUACGUUGAUGCCGAUGGUAAAGAAGUCAAAGAAGAGCAGUGCGAUAAAGACGCAGAGGACGAUGACGGCAAUAGUUUCUCAGCAGAGCCUGUUCCAAAAAAGAUUAAGCUGGAUGAUUCUGCAAAGGAGUCAGAAGAGCGGAGUGAUAAGACUGCAGAGAACAAGACAGAGAAGAAAAGAGCCAGAGGUCAGAACAAGAAUCGCCCCCAUGUGAAAUUUUCCCAGUAUGAACAGCAACGGUUGUGUCCAUCAAUUACGCAGGAAUGUGCCAGCAAGUGCUUCUUUGGCGAGAAAUGUAAGUUCUUGCACGACGUGGAGAAAUAUCUGUCGGAGAAGCAAGAAGACAUCGGUCCCAAGUGUCACCUCUACGAGACAUUCGGCAAAUGCAUCUACGGGAUCUCAUGCCGCUUUGCCAAAUCCCAUUUGGGAGAGGGUUAUAAGAACCUCAUCAACCAGGAACUGGUCAAGCAGUGGGAGGGCAAAGUCCUUGUUAGGAACGGAGUGAGCAAAGACCUCCAGGUGCAGUUGCGGAAGAAGAAGGUCCAGUUUGACAAAGCUGACCAGAUCCUGAAACUUUUGAACAAACCUCAACAGCCUAAGAAGGUGGAACCUGAUGCUGUUACAGGUGACAGUGGAAUGAAAACUGUAACUGCGACAUCAGGAGCUCUAACAGAUGAAGACAUUAUAAAGCUUAGACCUUGUGAGAAGAAAAAGAUUGAUUUCCGAAAUAAACUGUACCUUGCACCAUUAACCACAUGUGGCAAUCUCCCAUUUAGAAGAAUAUGCAAGCGGUUAGGAGCAGACAUCACAUGUGGCGAGAUGGCCAUGUGUACAAACCUCCUCCAGGGUCACUGUUCUGAAUGGGCGCUGGUGAAGAGGCAUCACAGCGAGGACCUCUUUGGAGUACAGCUAGAGGGUUCCUUCCCUGACACCAUGACCAAAUGUGCCGAGCUGCUGAACAGGACCAUCGAUGUGGACUUUGUGGAUAUCAAUGUCGGGUGUCCAAUAGAUUUGGUGUACAAAAAGGGUGGCGGUUGCGGAUUAAUGACCAGAACUAAUAAAUUUGAAGCCAUUGUAAAAGGAAUGAAUUCGGUUCUGGACGUUCCACUGACUGUGAAGAUCAGGACUGGAGUCCAAGAGAAAACCAGUCUGGCUCAUAAGCUUAUCCCAGAACUGAGGGAAUGGGGGGUCUCUCUGGUCACCCUUCAUGGCAGAUCCCGAGAGCAGCGCUAUACAAAGCUUGCAGACUGGGAUUAUAUUAGUCGCUGUGCCAAAAUUGCAGACCCUCUACCUUUCUUUGGAAAUGGUGAUAUAUUCUCCUUUGAGGAUGCCAAUCGAGCGAUGCAGACUGGGGUUUCAGGAAUCAUGCUGGCAAGAGGGUCGCUGGUAAAGCCCUGGCUAUUCACAGAGAUUAAAGAGCAGAGGCACUGGGACAUUUCCUCCUCAGAGAGAUUCGACAUUCUUCAAGAAUUCACCAAUCACGGCCUAGAACACUGGGGUUCGGACAUUCCAGGGGUGGAGAAAACCAGACGGUUUAUGCUGGAGUGGCUCUCCUUCCUCUGCAGGUACAUUCCUGUUGGCUUACUGGAACGCCUGCCUCAGAAGAUCAAUGACCGCCCUCCCUACUACAUGGGGAGAGACUACAUGGAGACAUUAAUGGCGAGCCAGAAUGUGGGAGACUGGAUUAAGAUCAGUGAGAUGCUGCUGGGACCCGUUCCUCCGAACUUCACCUUCCUCCCAAAACACAAAGCAAAUUCAUACAAAUGAGUCCUUUAAUUUCGAAAAAUUGACCGGCGGAUGGAUGUUUAUUUUUAUAAAUCAAUUAAUUUAAUGACUGUAAAGUACAUUGUAUUUGUUCCGUUAGAACCAAGCUGAGGU